ACAAUUUACGAUUAACAAAAUUGCAAAUAGUUUAUAAAACGAAGAAAUAUCAGCAAUGUGGAUUAUUUGUAUAUUAAUUGGACUUUUCCAACUUAUAAUUCUAUUGAUGUUGUCUGGUAUCCUAUUUUCCGUUGCUGCCAUUUCGCGUUUGAUGGAAAUAAUGAUCAUCCUAAUAUAUCCUGCAACCAUAUUUUUAUUACGACAAUCUGCAAGUUUGAUCAUUCUUCUCACAAUCCUGAUGGCAAGAAUGACAUCUUCGGCGUUUCACAAACUGUACAUUCUUGUUAAAUGCGAUCAGCAGAAAACGACUCUUCAACCUUCUGCUCAGCUUCAGCUUAACAUGCAAACUCCUUUUGUACCAUAUAGAAGUAACAUUCUUGAAGAAAUACCGCAAGAUAUUCGAUCUUUAAAAAAUGAAUCUUCUGCUAUAGCAGACAAUUUAUUAGCAGACAAUUUUAUAAUUGAACCUGCACAAAAUCAAUCAGAAUAAUUGCCUGAUGGAAGAAUCAAUUGCACGCAAGAAUACUUAAUAUUAACUGUUGAUAAAAAAAGGAUU